AUGGCCGCCAUCUACGGGAAGAUAUUCGUGGGUAUCUACGUGGAGAUAAAGCGGAGUGACGGAAGAAUACACCAGGCUAUGGUCACGUCGCUGCACGAGGACAACGACAGCGUUACGGUCGAGUGGAUCGAAAAUGGCGACACCAAAGGAAAAGAGAUAGACCUGGAGAGUGUUUUCGCCCUGAACCCGGAUCUUGCCCCCGAGGAAGACGUGCCUCCGAGUCCCGAGACUCCGCUUCCUCCUUCCAACGUGGCCAAAACCAGCAAAGUACCCAAGAGCAGACGAGCUACUGCCAUACCCAAACCGGAGAACACCCCACGGGAGAACAGAGUAGGAACAACCCGAGCCCGUCCGAGCCAGCACAGCCAGUCCUCCGAGCCCCCUCCCCCGUCCAUCACCACCCAACCCGCAGCCGCAACAGUCACGGCAGCCAACCAGUCACUGAUGCAGCAGCAGAACGCGCGAAGGAAGUCCAACUGCGUCAAGGAAGUGGAGAAGCUGCAGGAGAAGCGGGAGAAACGCCGACUUCAACAACAAGAGUUGCGAGAGAAACGUGCUCAGGAAGUGGACGUCAACUUGCCGAACUAUGAGAUCAUGUGCAUGAUCCGAGACUUCCGGGCUAGUCUGGACUACCGCCCUUUGACCUCCAAUGACCUGAUUGAGGAACACCGGAUAUGCGUGUGCGUGCGCGCGCGACCGCUUAAUAAAAAAGAACUGUCCGUCAAGGAUCUGGACGUGAUCACCAUUCCCAGCAAAGAUGUGGUGAUGGUUCACGAGCCCAAACAAAAGGUGGACCUGACGCGCUACCUGGAGAACCAGACAUUCCGCUUUGACUACGCCUUUGACGAGAACUCCACCAACGAGAUGGUCUACAGAUUCACCGCUCAGCCUCUGGUGGAGACCAUAUUCGAGCGGGGAAUGGCCACAUGCUUCGCGUACGGGCAAACGGGAAGUGGAAAAACACACACCAUGGGAGGGGACUUCUCAGGGAAGAACCAGGAUUGCUCCAAAGGCAUCUACGCACUGUCGGCUAGAGACGUCUUUCUCAUGCUCAAAAAGCCAGUCUACAAGAAGUUGGACUUACAAGUCUUUGCUACCUUUUUUGAGAUCUACAGCGGGAAGGUGUUCGACCUGCUGAACCGCAAAGCCAAGUUACGUGUGUUGGAGGAUGGCAAACAGCAGGUGCAGGUGGUGGGUCUUCAAGAGCGGGAGGUGAAAGGCACGGAAGACGUUCUCAAGCUCAUCGAAGUGGGAAACAGUUGCAGGACCUCCGGUCAAACCUCGGCUAACGCCCACUCGUCGCGCAGCCAUGCAGUCUUCCAGAUCAUCUUGCGGCGCCGUGGCAAGAUGCACGGGAAGUUCUCUCUCAUCGACCUGGCGGGCAACGAGCGGGGCGCCGACACGUCUAGCGCCGACCGCCAGACGCGCCUGGAAGGAGCGGAGAUCAACAAGAGCCUGCUGGCCUUGAAGGAGUGCAUCCGAGCUCUGGGUCGGAACAAACCGCACACUCCCUUCCGGGCCAGCAAGUUAACUCAGGUGCUGAGGGAUUCCUUCAUUGGAGAGAACUCUCGGACUUGCAUGAUCGCCACCAUCUCGCCCGGAAUGGCGUCCUGUGAAAACACGUUAAACACGCUCCGAUACGCCAACAGUGCGAAGGAGCUGUCGACGGAGCCGGCAGCUGCUACGGACCUUCUGGCGGAUGGACACGUAAACCAGCUGGACGUCCUGGAGGCCCAGUGGGGCGUUGGCAGCUCCCCGCAGAGAGACGACCUCAAGCUGCUCUGCGAACAAAACGAGGAGGAGGUCUCCCCGCAACUCUUCACCUUCCACGAGGCCGUGUCGCAGCUGGUUGAGAUGGAGGAGCAGGUUCUGGAGGACCACAGAGCUGUCUUCCAGGAAUCAAUCCGUUGCCUGGAGGACGAGAAGGUUCUGCUGGAGAUGACGGAGGAAGUAGAUUACGACGUGGAGUCGUACGCAACGCAGCUGGAGCAAAUCCUAGAGCAGAAGAUUGACAUCCUCACCGAGCUGAGAGAUAAAGUCAAGUCGUUCCGCUGUGCGCUGCAGGAGGAGGAACAAGCUAGCCAGCAAAUCACCCCCAGGAGGCCUCGUGCACUUUAG